CAGAUCGGACCGGACCGCAUACUCCUCGCCCGGACGGUCGGGGCUCGAAAGCAGCUGAAGUCUCCUGAACCUUCCGGUCAGAUUCGCCUCGGUCUAUCGCUAGCAGCUCCUCGCCCUCGCUCGUCUCUUCUCACCAACAACCAAUGGCCGCAAUCCUUGGGACUCCGGCUCUCCUCUUCCCCUCGCCGAGGCCGGCCGUCGCAUCUCGCGAGACUCCGAGGAGCGUUGCGAUCUUCUUUCCUAAUCAGAGGCUCGCAAGGCCUCUACGUCUAAACCUAUCCCCUUUCCCCGAAAGACCUCUACGCUUCCCAAGAUUUCCGCCCUUAGCUGCUGCCAAUGGAGAUGCCACAGAAACCGACGUGGUCGAAGAAACUGCGGCCAAGGCAGAUUCAGAUGAUGAAAUCCUCACAGAGGAUGGUGCAAACGAUGAUGUUGCUGAUAUUGGAGAAAAAGUUGUUUCGGCUGUCAUGGUAUCACUGCAAUCAUAUAAAGAAGCUUUGGCUAAUAAUGAUCAAUCAAAAAUUGCUGAGAUAGAGGCCUUUCUUCAGUCCAUCGAGGAGGAGAAGAAUUCUCUUGCAACUGAAGUUGCUUCUUUGUCUGAAGAGUUGUCCACAGAACGGGACCGCAUUCUUAGGAUCAGUGCGGACUUUGACAACUUCAGGAAAAGGACAGAGAGAGAAAGGCUCUCUUUGAUGACAAAUGCACAAGGACAAGUUAUAGAGAGCUUAUUGCCUGUUUUAGACAAUUUUGAAAGGGCUAAAAUUCAGAUAAAGGUGGAGACUGAGGGAGAAGAGAAAAUAAACAACAGUUAUCAGAGCAUCUAUAAACAGUUUUUGGAGAUCUUUGACUCAUUGGGUGUUGAGACGGUGGAAACUGUUGGCAAUCCAUUUGAUCCUUUGCUUCAUGAGGCAAUAAUGCGCGAGGAGUCAAUGGAGUUUGAAGAAGGCAUUAUAAUUCAAGAAUUUCGUAAGGGGUUCAAACUUGGGGAAAGACUCUUGCGUCCAUCAAUGGUGAAGGUAUCGGCAGGACCAGGCCCUGCAAAGCCCGAAGAUGGAGGCUCGUCAGCAGAUGAAGGCAGUGGAGAAGCAAGUCAAGAAAGCACCAAGGAAGGUGGAGAUUCUGAUUAAUUUGUACUAUCGGUUUCUUUAGUUCGUGAAUCAAUUUUGUAAGAAUUAUUGUGUUCAGAAGAUCUGAAGCUUUUUAACGUACGGCUGCAAUGUAUACUUGCAGUUCUCAGUAUUGCAGCUACUGUUCUUGAGAGGGAGGCCCCUAGAGUCAUUGUUUGAGGCAAUGUGAGAUUUCGAUGUAGUGUUUAAAGUCAUGUUGCUGAACUAGAAUAGAUAGAUACGAGCUCUCCCAUCCUGACAUGUUUCCAGAAAGUUGUGUUAUUUUGCUGAGGUCACCCUUUUUUUUAUUUUGUA